AUAUGGUGAUCUGCAGAGAAUCAUCGCGGAGACGCACGCGGCGUGCCCGGACAUCAGCAGGGUGUACAACAUCGGGCGGAGUGUGCAGGGCAGGAACCUCACAGUCAUCGUGUUCUCUGACAACCCGGAUAUCCACGAGCCAGGGGAGCCUGAGGUGAAGUACGUGGCCAACAUGCACGGGAACGAGGUGACCGGUCGGGAGAUGUUACUCCUCUUCAUGCAGUAUCUCUGUAACAGCUAUAACAGCGUCAGGCGGGUGAAGCGACUGAUAAAAACCACCAGGAUCCACAUCCUCGCCUCCAUGAACCCUGACGGAUACGAAAUCGCAGCACGGCGGGGCCCGGAUAACAGCUGGAUGAGUGGCCGGGAGAACGUCCAGGGCAUUGACCUCAACAGAAACUUCCCAGCGCUCAACACCAUCGCCUACCGCAGUGACCAACAUGGCGGUCCGACUCACCACAUUCCUAUUCCAGACAGUUACUGGAAAGGGGUAUGCGUUCUUUCUUUUUCUUUUUCUUUCUCCUUUAUCCCUUCCUGCAUCUUUCCUGUCCAAUCUCUCAACUAUCUUUUUUCUGUUCAUCGUUUCAUCAGAUUG